AUGAAGCAUCUAACAAAAGAAUCGGAGCUGCAGUUUCUUCUCCAAUGUGCGCGAGCGUCCCAGAAGUAUACUAGAAAAGUGAUAGACCUUGGAUCAUACGAUCAAGAGACAAAGAAACAAACAGAUUGUAUAUUCAUUAGAGAGCUACCAGUAAUUGCGGGAUGGGUUGGGUGUGGCGUUUGGGAUGCAGCGGUAAUCAUGUCUCGCUACUUCGUCAAAAAUCCGGAGCCUUUGUCUGGCAAAGUGGUUUUGGAGCUGGGAAGCGGGGUCGGACUUACCGGCUUGGUGGCUGCGCGCUAUGCUGAAAAGAUCUAUCUCACUGACUAUAGUACUUCUAUCCUCGAAAAUUUAGAGUACAAUUUGUGGCUUAACGUAAACGACCUCUCCGAGGAGCAUCUAGUAGAUCUCUUUGAUGAUAACGAAGAUGCUAAAGCCGUUUAUAGAAAGCAUAACGAGCGCGUUAGCAAGACUGCGUUUGUCUCCUACCUUGAUUGGUGCAAUCCUACCAAUACGGAGAAGCCCACAGUAGAACUAGAGCCAGACAUCAGCACAAAGCUUCCUCCAGGAAACUUUCGCCGGAGAGUACCCGGGGGUACACUGCUGGGGAAGUUUCCGAUGAUCAUAGGAAGUGAGCUCACGUAUCAAUUGCCCGGAGUGGAGGAGCUUGCAAAUGUUAUAGAUUUGUUUCUGGAGCCAGGUGGAGUAUUCUGGGAAAUCAUAUCUAUUUUCAGAGGGCCUGGGCCAAGAAAGUUUAUGCUUCUGAUGGAGCAGAAAGGAUGGAUUGUAGAGGCACGGUGGCCAUUAAACGACUUGCUAGUCAAUUUGGACUCUCGGCAAAGCAAGAGCCGAGAUGAGAAGUACCUCUUCUGGACACUCUUUCGUGCUACGGAUGAAUCUAAGCUUAUCCCUCGCUUCGGUGAUGGGCCAGCUAUAGACUGGCAUGCAUUGGAAUUUACAGGUGAUCAUAUCUAG